GAUUUCACUUCCUGGAAGAUUUACGCAGGCGCUUUGCCGACCCAGUUGUCAAACGAUUAAGCAAAGUCGUUCUCGAGGCGCACGAACAUGGAUAGCAGUGAAGCCCCUGUCCAAAGGCCAGUCACCCUGGACAUCACUGCUGUAGUUGAGGGGGAGACCACCAGCGAUGCCCUUUCGCUUUUAGAAGGAACCACCGUGGCCAAGCCCCCAGCCUCCUCCGAUGAAAUCCUCUUCCAGGAGGAAAGCAUCGAUCUGGGGGGAGACUCUUUUGUGACCCCGCUAGAUGACGGCACACCAUCGGACAGUCCCCUGGACAAGCUCAAUGACCAGAUGAUGGAGAGUGUCAUGAUUUCGGACUCGCCUAACAACAGUGAAGAAGACGAUAUGGUCCCGCCCAUAGACACCCUCCUGGAUCAUUUUGAGGAAAAAGGAGAAGAGGACGGAGGAGUACGUAAGGAGGGAGGGGAGGUAGGAGAGGACAGAAAGGAGGGGAAUAAGGAGGUGGCGAUUGGACAGGAUACCACUGCGGUCCAACUUGAAGCCGAGGAGGUGAAUAAGAACUGUCCUGUUACUGGGGAAAGACACGAGAGCGUGGAAGUGGAGGCAAACACGAUGGAGCAGAUUAUAGUCUCCAUUUCUCCUGUGACACCAAAUGAGACACCUAUUUCAGGCAGCCCAAAGUCCACAGAACCCGCUACCGAGGCCACCAAAGUGGCCACCGUGACCGAAGAAGAAGCCGUGCCGGUGUGCACCAUCUUCAGCCAGGAGUCCAAACCGAAAGCCCUGGUGCCGGACGGCUUCCAGCCCACGCUCAUCAAAUCCCCCAGUUUCAGUCUCUCCAGUGGGGUAGCCGUCGAGCCAGAGACCCCCAGCAAGCUCCCUCCGCUCGUCUGCCAGCCCAGCCCCAGCCUCAGCAAGUUCUUCUCCGAGAACUGCCAGGUCAACCCAGCCACGGACUUCUUCGACUCCUUCACCACCUCCUCCUCCUUCGUCUCCGUCACCAACCCCAACGCGGAGGCUCCCGCCUCGGCCCACGUGGGGGCGACGCCUCCCCUGGAACACCAACUCUCCUCCACCAGCUCCUCCAUCUCCACCCCGGGACCCCCGGAGUUGGACACUCCCACCCCCGGCUCCUACUUCGCCGCGGCGCCCGUCCCGGCACACCCCCAGCAGCCUCCAAUCUCAGCGGCCCCGGCUUCGUCUCCGAACCAACCAGCGGUCCCCGCUCCCGCCCUGGCCCCGGCCCCUCAGCCCUUUGCCCUGCUCCAGGCCGUGUUCCCUGAAUGCGAUGACCCGUUUGCCUCAGCGUUGAACCUGAGCGAGGUGGAUAAGAGGCAUGAUGCCUGGCUGCCAUCAGAGGACACCAGGAAGGUGUUGAUCUUGGUGGCUACCCAGCAGUACAAUCCAGUGUACGUGGAGAGAGACCGACUCACCAUGCCAGGGCUCAAGUUUGACAACCUGCAGGGUGAUGCAGUGAAGGACCUUAUGGUGCGUCUUUUGGGCGACCAGGCAGCCUUGAAGAGACAAGUUCUCACCUCCAACGCCGUGGAACCAUCCUUCCUGGGCCUCAAGCAGCUCAUCAGAACCAAGAACUGGAGGGCAGCUGUGGACCUGUCGGGCCGCUUGUUGACAGCUCACGGGCAGGGCUACGGCAAGAGUGGCCAGCCCACCAGCCACACCACUGACUCACUCCAGCUGUGGUUUGUGCGUCUGGCCUUGCUUACCAAGCUGAGCUUGUUCCAGAACGCUGAAAUAGAGAUGGAACCCUUCGGCAGCAUGGACCAGCCUGACCUUUACUAUGAGUACUACCCUACUGUCUAUCCCGGGAGACGUGGUUCCAUGGUUCCGUUCUCCAUGCGAGUGCUGCAUGCAGAGCUGCCUCAGUACUUGGCCAACCCACAGGAGUCUCUGGACCGCCUGCACAGUCUCAAGACAGUGUGCCAGACGGUUCUAGAUAACUUGGAGCAGGGCUUGGCCGAGGAUGGCAGCAUGAUCAACCUAACCCAGGAAAACCGACAAGCCUCUCUGGAGCUGUGGCAGUCUCGUCUGAGUAGGGUCAUGUACUCCAUGGCUAACUGCCUGCUAUUGAUGAAGGACUAUGUUCUGGCAGUAGAGACCUAUCACUCCAUCAUCCAGUAUGAGCCCCAGCAGACUGUGCAGCUUCUGAGCGGGAUCGGACGCAUAUUUCUGCAGAUCGGAGACAUUAAGACAGCGGAGAAGCACUUUCAGGAUGUGGAGAAGGCUUGCCAGUCCCAGGGUAACACGCCAAGUCAGCAAACUUCUGUUUUGAUGAACAGGGCGUUUGUCUACCUGAGUCAGAAUAAUUACGCGGAGGCCCACGCGUCUUUCUCUGACGUGCUAAAGAUCGACCCCAAAAACCCAGUGGCCAACAACAACGCAGCGGUGUGCCUGCUCUACCUGGGCCGUCUAAAGGAGUCCCUGGGCCAGCUGGAGGGCCUGGUGCAGCAAGACCCAGCGCUCUACCUCCACGAGAGCGUGCUCUUCAACCUCACGACCAUGUACGAGCUGGAGUCGUCGCGGAGCACGCAGAAGAAACAGGCCCUGUUGGAGUCUGUGGCGAUCCGCGAGGGGGACAGUUUCAACACGCAGUGCCUCAAGCUGGUGUAAAUGAGGAAUUAAGGGGUAAUGGAAAAGGGGAGAGAGGGGAUUUCUGUUGGUGGGGUGAGUAGAGGUCAUACCCAAAUGGACUACAGAACCUUUAUGAGGCCCAUGGUCAGAUCAGGGAUCAACUUGUUCUUGGAGUGAACAGCAAUGAGUGUAAUUUCAUAUUUCUAAUGAUUGAAUCGACCCUAUAUCAUUUUUCCACAAGUGAAGCAAUGAUUGCGAAUUAUGGAUAUUGGAAAAAGACACUUGCACUCACGCACACUCCAAAAUCCAUAGAUACACUACAUUGCAAACAACUUGGGCAUUAAGCAUCCACAUUGAGAACACAUACAUAUAGGUUGUGUGAAAGUCCCAUUAUGCGGUACCUAUACCAACUCAACAAAUGGAAUGUAUAAUAGAUGUCUAACUGUACAUAUUGUAGUCAUGAAAAUGUGUUAUGGGAAAUGUAUCAAAUGAUUUACUCUUAUUAAUGCUAUUAUUGAUUGAUCCUAAUUAUGUGUAAGUAUUACAUGUUUAUAUGUUGUGGUAAUCUGAAGCAUGUGUACUUUACUUCUCUGGAUGCAAAAAAAUGUAUCAUGUUUUAUCUAAAUAAAAUAAUCUUGUCGCUGUU